AUGAGUCCUCAAUCGUCAUCCAAGAAUGCUCUCGUGUCUGUGAAAAGCGAAACCUCUUAUCACAGUCCGCCUUCCUCCUUAUCUGAUGCUUCUCCACACGACAAUGAGGCAGCAAGAGGUCGACGGCAAGAUCGGAGCACCACUGCCAAAGCGGAGGAUGAUAGUGGCGAGGAGAAAGAAAAUGAAGGUGAAGAUGCCGGUGGAAAGCCUCGAAAAAGAAAGAGGAGCAGGAAGGGCCUGGAGAAAAAUUUCCCAUGCCCACACCAAGGCUGCGGUAAAAGCUAUUCCAGAGCGGAACACCUGUACCGUCAUCAGCUGAAUCACACACCGAAAAAGAUUUAUACCUGCGAUUUUCCUGGAUGCGAGCGUAAAUUCGUCCGGCAAGACCUGUGCACUAGGCAUCGUGAGAGGCACACAGCACGUGGCUCGCAUCUUCAACGGAAAGAAAACAAUUCACAUGAUCGUGACGAUCGAAAUGCGCAAGCUAUGGGUGUCGAUGGCCCACGAGAUCAUCCAGAUUCAAAGUACGGGCCGUCUGCGGGUCCUCAUGCACCACCCACGAAUAAUCUUUCAACUGCUCCUCCAUCAUUCAUCAAAGCUCAUGAGAUCCAUACCAUGUCUCCUCAAUCUCCGUUGCCAGGAAGAAUCACAGAGUCUUACCAACCAAACUCGAGCAGUACCAGCCCACCUGGUAGCGAUUUGAAAUCGCCACACUCUCUGGACACCGUUGCAAGCUCAGAAUAUAAUCCCAAAAUGUCGUCUUUGCAAAGGUCGAAUAGUGAUGACCACUACUACGCGGAUGCGGCUGGAGGAUAUGAUUCACGGGUGCUACGCAAUGCGUCUGGCCCAACGUACGAUUCAAGCCAGAGACAUUCAAGCUUUGGUUCGUACAAAUCGACAUUGCCUCAGAAAAAUAUGUAUCCAGACUCACGCAUCUCUCGGCCCAAUACCCACAUAACGACGAAUCCUGCAAAUUAUCGGCCCUCUCCAACUUCCACCUACAAUGGCCACUCCGCUACUACUCCCAUGGCCCAGUCUCAGAUGCAGAAUAACGUUGGUGGCGGUACAUACCUAUCACAUCAGAAUUUCCCCUCACUCCCGCCCUUGCCCCCACCUGUAAUGUCUCCGAUGUCCCAAAUGUCCGCGCAAGGACCACCGUCGGGAGCUUACUCGACUGUCUCCACUCCACUAACACCGGUGGAUACUGCCACAAGUUUUGAAAUGUACGGAGGGUAUGGCCUCGAUCCGAACUUCUUGGAUCAGAAUGGAAACCCAUUUUCGAUGCCUCUUUUUGGCGGAGAUGGCUACAGUCGCUCCCCUUUUGCAAUGGCCGACGACUUCACAGCCUGGCUAUUCAACGAGCCGCAUCAGAAUAUCUCGUCGCCCGGGGGUCCUCGGCACGGCUCGAUGUCCGUUGGGACUACUGCUUUUAUGGAUGACUCUGGCAGUACAUCUCGUGGGACAUAUGGCACGAUCAACGACUCUUUGAAUGGUCCCGUGGGUCAAGCCAUCCCGCAACAAAACCUCAUGGCAGUGACAAGUAUUCUGGACCCAGCCUUGCCGCAAAUAGUUCUUUCGGAAGAGAAACGGAAAGAUAUACUGGAUCUUAUUGAGAUGCGAUUCACAGAUCAUGCGCCGGUUAAGAAGCAGACGGAUGCUUUCCUUGACGGUGAUCGUGACCUCGAUGGUCAUGUUCUAAGCCUACGCUCCAUGCAGACUUACAUUGGAUCUUACUGGUACCAUUUUCACCCGCAAAUGCCAAUCCUGCAUAAGCCAACUUUCUCCGCGGACAAGACUCAAAACGUGUUGCUACUUGCGGUCAUCGCAAUCGGUGCGUCCUGUCUCGACAAAAUGCACGGCCCCGACGUUACUCAGGCCGGGGCAGAGCUCUCCAACUUUCUAGCAUGGCAUUUGCGGGGGGAGAUCUUCAAGCAUGUGGAUUUUCUACCGCCUGCAAAGCUGUGGGUUUUCCAGACUCUGCUGCUCCUGGAGGUGUAUGAGAAAAUGUAUUCCACGCGCGUGCUCCAUGAACGUGCGCACAUUCACCAUGGAACCACCCUCACCCUGAUGAGACGGGGAAGCUCUCUUAUAGGUCGGUCAGCGCUCGAUUCACCACCAAUGGUCAAAGACGAUGGUCCUGGCUUAGCCUCAAGCAGUACCCAAGCUUCGACCUCACAUACACCCGAGCAAUGGUGGAAUCAUUGGGUCACUAAUGAGGCGACUCGGAGGGUGGCCUUUGCCGCUUUCAUCAUCGACUCCAUCCAUGCCACCAUGUUUGGACAUUCGGCGACCAUGGUUGCUCAUGAAAUGAAGCUGCAGCUUCCUUGCGAUGAGACAUUGUGGUCUGCCACCAGCAGUGCCGAGGUUGGGCGUAUCGAAACCAAUCUCCGGUCAAACGGUAUCAAGCCUAUGACUUUCUUUGAUGGGCUAAAAAACACCUUGAAAAACAAGCCUGUGCGAACAAAUUCGUUCGGACGCACAGCCAUCAUGGCUGGGUUGUUGAGCGUGAGCUGGCACAUGAAUCAACGUGAUGUGCAAGUCCAUCAUCUCGGCGCCUUGAAAGCGUUAGGAGGCAAGGACAUUUGGCGCGGACCUUUGACCAAAGCUUUUGAUUCUUGGAAAAACGAUUUCGAUCAGAGUAUUGGGAAGGAUACGCUACCAGCGUCUGCCGCUUACCCAUCCGGUAGGCUUGACGAGGAGAAUAUCUUCGAGAGCCGCACUGUCUUGCACCAUCUUGCCCACAUGGCAAUGCAUGUUGACGUCGUAAGCUGCCAGAUCUUUGCAAAGGCUGGCCGGCUACUCGGUCGGACAACUCUACCGUCGGAUUACGCAAUAGCACAGAAGCGGAUAAAAGAAAACUGGGCUCCAAGACCAAGUGCGCGACACGCGACGUUCUAUGCCCUGAAGUUUCUGGCCCAGGUGCUGAUGCCCGAUACCGCGAGCUCGCAUCGCAACCCGGCUCUGAUGAGCAAGGAGAACCUCUCACCAUAUUCCGCCAGGGACGAUUUUCUGCUCAACCGGCCAUGGGUUCUCUACUUUGCCGCCCUCAUUGUCUGGUCGUACGGUUAUGCUUUGGACGGCCCCGUACGAGUCGUACCGAGCUUGUACACUCUAGAGCAACAAACGUACGAUAUGAGAGCGUUUUUAACCAGAGUGGGGGGGAUUCAAGAUCCUCGAGAACUCGAACAGAUGAAGGACCGGAAUGCUUGUCUCGGAAUGCUAUAUGUGCUCCAGGCCAUGUUUGAGAAAUGCCGUUGGGAGUUGUUGCACGAGGCAGCAAAGUUGCUUGGGAAUUGCAUAAACAUGCUGAGAGGAUCUGGUUGA